GCCUGCAGGUUCCUAUUCUGACAUCUGAUCCAGUUACUAAAGAACUACUGAUAAACUUUGACCCAUAUGUGUUUGAGGUAAUCAAGGAGGCACAGUACAUGGUGAAACUGGGGUUGCAGGUGCCACGCAAUGUAAUCCAACUGAUUCAUUCUUGUGCCAAUGUUGUGAAUAUAUAUCGCCGUGUACAGAUGAUGCUGAUGGAUUACAAAUCAUUGAAGGCUUCUAUUCCUGAUGUAUUUGUACCUCUUAUGCAGCCACAUAUAUUUAGAAUUGACGCACUCAUCUUUCCAGCAUUGACCACAAUAACUUGGACAUCCCUGGAAGUUAAUAACUACUUCAGAGAGCUAGACAAAGCUUUCCAUGAAUUCAGUCUCCUAAUUAAAACGGUGAUUGAUAUCAAAUACAUGCGUAUUGAUGCCAAACUGGCCCAGAUAGCAGAAACACUGCUGUGUCUGCUGCCAGGUACCAGUCCAUGGACGAUGGAGGAGUUCCUACACAAUACAAAGGAAAACACAGUCAGAAUCGGUGAUGAUCUGAACAAAUUGAACAAGAUGAUCUGUGAUACAGCAUAUGAGCUGCUGCGUGUGUUCAUCAACAGUGCGGUGCAUGAGUACAAAUUGUUGGAGAUAAUGUAUACAGAGGAACAGAGGAUUGGGGAUCCAGAAAGCAAAAAAAGCAUGCAGACCACGCACACAGUGACAGCCAUCACUACACUCGCUGAGAGUGGAGAACCAGACAGGAGCCCACUGCCAGAGGACCUCAUGACCCAGGAGAAUUACAUGACCUGUUGCCUGGCACUGUUUGAAGACUUUAAAGGCAAAAUGAUUGAUGCUUUGGUCAAGAGUGUUAGAGCAUCCCUGGCAGCUAUGCGAAAACGGUUUCUUGCAGG